AUGGUCAUCAGAGUAAUGUUUUAUAAGUCUUGUUUCGCACUUGAUGGUACCACAUUAGCAUUUGGUGCGUAUGAUCUCUAUCCGUUUAUGGGAUGUAAGACAGGAUAAUAAAUAGUCAAAUUAGAUGGUCAUUCAUAUUAUGUUAAUUCAAUUAGUUUCUCUCCUGAUGGUCUACAUUAGCAUCUGGUAGUGGAGAUAGGUCUAUCCGUUUAUGGGAUGUUAAGACAGGAUAAUAAAAAGCAAAAUUAGAAGGUCAUACUAAUUAUGUGAAAUCAGUCUGUUUCUCUCUUGAUGGUAGUAUAUUAGCAUCCAGUAGUAGAGAUAACAAUAUCCGUUUAUGGGAUGUUAAGAUCAGAUAAUAAACUCAAAUUAAAUAGUCAUACUAAUAUGGUCAACACAGUUUGUUUCUCUCCUGAUGGAACUACAUUAUUAUCAGGUAGUGGUGAUAAGUCUAACAGUUUAUGGGAAGUUAAGCCAGGAUAAUAUUCAAAUAAAAGCACAUCCAAAAAAUAAGUAUUUAUUGUGAAUUUUUAGCUAUAGCAAAUCAUCAAAUUACCUCAAAUUCCAAUUUAGAAACCAAAGGAGGUUUAAUCUUGA